UUACGCUCGGGCUAACUAGGCGGGUUGAAAGAGCAGAGCCCGAGCAGGAACCAACGGUUACCGUGGCUUGUGAGAGGGAGCAAAGCACUACUAAUUUUUCUCUCUCUGCUCCCAUCCUGCUCCCGUGGAGCGGUUGCCCCGGGAGGUACUUCAAUCGGAAUGUGACCAGGCAGCAAAAACGGAUAUAAACUAAAUAAUCUUGGGCUCUGGGGAAAGCUCUUCUGAGACUGAGCCAGCUGGAGUGAGGAAGUGAUUGGCUCUAGGAAUUCCCGCCGAAUACAAAAGACCUGACUGCAAAAAUGGUUGACUCUGCCAAAGUGUUACGACUUUUUAAAACCUUGCACAGGACUAGACAGCAGGUUUUUAAAAAUGAUAACAAAGCAUUGGACGCAGCAAGAAAAAAGAUAAAUGAAGAAUUCAAAAAGAAUAAAAAUGAGACUUCACCGGAGAAAAUAGAAAAGUUGAUCAAGAUAGGUUCUGAUGUUGAAUUAAUACUCAGAAAAUCUGUUAUACAGGGCAUUCAUACAGAUCACAACACUUUGAAGUUAGUUCCUAGGAAAGACUUACUUAUAGAAAACAAUCCUUACUGUGAUACACCUUCCCAGAAGCCAUGAAUCCUCUUGGACAAUUUAUUAGAUAUUAAUUUUUAAAUUAUUCCAUGUCACUGAAAAAAAUGACACCCUUUAUGCCUACAGUCAGAAUAGAACACUUAGAUUGUACAUCUUGAAUACAUUUUAGAAUGGAUGGGCAUCAUUGGGGAAAGCUAAUUGUACACCCAGUUAAAAUGUUAAGACUACAUUGUACAUUGGAAGGACAUUAUUUGAAAAAGCUCAUUGUGGUUGAAUGUUUCUGAGAGUAGUGCCAUAAAGUUCAUUUUCAUAUGAAAUCAGUCCAUUUGUUUUAAGUUAUGCUGAGGUAUAUUAUACUGUGAAUUUUUGUGAUUUUGCCAUGGAUUCAUUGAAAAUGAAGUGUUUUAACAAACUGACUUGUUUUCCAUUAAAUUCUGGUGUAAAUUGUAUUCUC